GCAACUUAAAACUGACAAUGACGUCACUUAUUAAGUGACGCGUUGGUGGCGCUGUGUAACUAGCGCCAUCUAACGGAGAAAAUAGUGCGACACUGAGUAUGCGCCGUACGUCAAUGGGAUGAACACGCAAACACUGUUUCCGGCAAAACCACUGGAAGUGACGAUUUUAAACAAACAGAACAACCUGUCGUUGCAGGUGAUAGGAGAAUUAAAAAUGCGAAGUAGCUAGCUAGCAAUAUAUAUUUAACAUAUAGGCAAAGGUGGAAAAGUACAGUCGAUAGAAACAGGUCGAACGUGUCCGUACACACAGAAAUAUCUGUAUCAUUUGAUUCAGGUUGCUAGCUGGCCAGCUUGCUGGCCACAAAGUGUAAUAAACGAGCACAGAAUCCGUCAUGUUCACAGACAUGGACUAUGAGUUGGAGGAAGACAAACUAGGGAUCCCCACUGUUCCAGGAACAGUGACCCUGAAGAAAGAUGCUCAGAACUUGAUAGGGAUCAGCAUUGGAGGGGGAGCCCAGUACUGCCCCUGUCUCUACAUAGUACAGGUGUUUGACAACACUCCAGCCGCGCUGGACGGGACUCUGGCUGCAGGAGACGAGAUCACAGGUGUUAAUGGCAAACCCGUGAAGGGCAAGACCAAGGUUGAGGUGGCCAAGAUGAUCCAGGCUGUCCAGGGUGAAGCAACAAUUCACUACAACAAACUGCAGGCUGACCCCAAACAGGGAAAGUCACUGGACAUAGUGCUGAAGAAGGUGAAGCACAGACUGGUGGAGAACAUGAGCUCAGGGACAGCUGAUGCCUUGGGUCUGAGCAGGGCCAUAUUGUGCAACGAUGGGUUAGUGAAGAGACUGGAGGAGCUGGAGAAGACGGCAGAGCUGUACAAAGGAUUAAUGGAACACACUAAGAGGCUGCUGAGAGCAUUCUUUGAGCUCUCUCAAACGCACAGAGCCUUUGGGGAUGUAUUCUCUGUGAUUGGGGUACGGGAGCCCCAGGCCGCCGCCAGCGAGGCUUUCGUGAAGUUCGCCGAGGCCCAUCGCAGCAUCGAAAAAUUUGGCAUCCGGUUGCUCAAGACCAUCAAGCCUAUGCUCCAUGACCUGAACACCUACCUGCACAAGGCCAUCCCAGACACCAAGCUCACCAUCCGCAAGUAUCUGGAUGUCAAGUUCGAGUACCUGUCUUACUGCUUGAAGGUGAAGGAGAUGGAUGAUGAGGAGUACAGCUGCAUUGCAAUGGGAGAGCCCAUGUACCGGGUCAGCACUGGAAACUAUGAGUACCGAUUGGUGCUGCGGUGCCGGCAGGAAGCCCGGGCCCGAUUCGCCAAGAUGAGGAAGGAUGUGCUGGAGAAGAUUGAGCUUUUGGACCAGAAACACGUCCAGGACAUUGUGUUCCAGUUGCAGCGCUUUGUCUCGGGCAUGUCCCGCUACUACGACGAGUGCUACGCCGUGCUGAAGGAGGCCGACGUCUUCCCCAUUGAGGUGGACCUCUCCCGCACCAUGAUCAACUACGGGGGCCAGUCCCACUCCUACACAGAGGAGGAGGAUGAGGAAGAGGAGGGAGGCGGAGGAGGAGGAGGCGGGCAGGAGGGGGGCUCCGGUGGGCAGCAGGCCGAAAACGGAGCCGAAAAGCUGAUAGACGAUGAAUAGCAGAACAUGUGCGAUCAUGCACUGAGGCACUGGCACCCUUCAUGGGGACGAGUGUCAGUCAUUCUGUACCUACUGAACACUAUCGAAUUUACAUAAACACUAAUUCUGGCCUCGAGAGAGAGUACGUGCUCGCCAAAUUGGGCUGAGAAAACUUAUUUCACGCUUGAAAGAUCCACUGUUAAGAGCUGCUAACUUACCGUCUCUCUGGCCACAUCCUUUACUGGGUGGGUAAUGAUUGCGUCCACGGCCCUCCGUUCCGCCCCGUCAGGCUCCGUCUGGAAUCUGACCCCCGACUCGAGUAUCCGGAGGCUCACCUUCCUCAUAAACGAGGUGGAGUGCUCAGCAAACCUCAAACAUCAUGGCUGCACAAGUGCGAGAGAACGCGUUACUCACAGCCAACCGAUCACGUCAGAGCAGUUGCGCUGAGAGUAAGGUUGUCAGUGCCUCCGUCUGUGGCAGCAUGCAGGGUGCCGUUGUGUCAUGCUCUCCCCUUAGAAAUGAGGUCUGACCCCCCCC